GGCAGCAGUGGAAACUACUGGGACUGUUUGAGAUCGACCCUCAGCACGAGUUCUACAGCCUCACCUGCAUGAUGAGGGAGGGCCUGUCGACCGCCAUCCAGAGCACCAUCGACCAGCCGCUUCCGAAUGAGCUGUGUGAAGAAGAUUUCAGAAUGGACAUCACCCAGAUACACAAGGGCUUCCGGAUGCAGACAUUCGCGGGACCCGUGUUCGCCUGGCUGCGUCGCUCCCUUGGCAUGGAGGAGAAGGAGUACCAGCACUCGCUGGCCUCCCAGGGUGGCUAUCUACAAUUCAUCAGCAACUCCAAGAGCAAGGCCAACUUCUUCCUCACGAACGACAAGAGGUUCUUCCUGAAGACGCAGAACAAACGGGAAGUGAGGUUCCUUCUGGCCAACCUGAGGGUCUACACGAAGCACCUGGAGAGCUAUCCCCAUUCCUUGCUUGUCAAGUUCCUGGGGGUCCACAGGAUUAAAAUUCCCCAUGAAAGGGAGAAAUACUUCAUUGUAAUGCAGAGCGUGUUUUAUCCUGACGAGAGGAUUAAUGCAAGGUAUGACAUCAAGGGCUGUGAGGUGAGCAGGUGGACCGACCCGGCCCCUGAGAAGAGCCAGCUCAUCGUGGUCCUCAAGGACAUGAACUUUGAGGGAAAGUUCAUCACUCUGGACCACCAGCGCUCCUGGCUGCUCCGGCAGGUUGAGAUCGACACAAGCUUCCUGCGGAGGCUCAACGUGCUGGAUUACAGCCUGCUGCUGGCCCAUCAGCCCUUACACCAUGACGAGCGAGGCCGAACUCACUCCUUCGCUACCCUCAUCAUGCGUGCCAAGAAGUCAGUGUACGCAGGCUCUGCCCCCACGGAUUCAGACCCGCCCACCUUUCCCGGAACAGCGCUGGAGGAUGGCGCCGCCCUGCUGGCAGAAGAGACGAAUGCCCUUUCCACAGAAGGAGAAGAACCCAUACCCCUAGAGGAGCUCCACAGCCGCCCCCCGGGGGGCACCGUAGACUUGGACCUGCAGGAGUUCAAGGCCCAGAACCGCCGCCUGCUGCCCAACUUCAAGAACCCGCUGCACGUCAUUGACGGACCAGAGCUGCGCUACUUUGUGGGCAUCAUCGACAUCUUCACCGUCUAUGGCUUCAGGAAGAGGGUGGAGCACGUGUGGAAGAGACUGCGCUACCCAGGAAAGACUUUCUCCACCGUGAGCCCGUCGGCGUACGCCCGGAGGCUCUGCCGGUGGGUGGAGAACCACACCAAGUAGCCAGGGGACACGGCGAGGAGCACGAGAACUUCGUCUCGAGUACCGCGUUGCGACCAGCGCUAAGGGAUCAAUGUUCAGCCUGCCUGUUUUAGGUCUUUUUAUGAUCCUAUUUUUAGAAAGUAAAGCAUUUCACUACGUUUUGAAAACAGGAACAGUAUU